GCCGCAUCUCGCGACGCUAGACCAAUCGCGAUACAUCACCGUCAUGGGCCCACCCGAGGAACCGUCCGCUAAUGCUUCAAUACCACCAAACCAGGGUGUCGAAGACAACGCAACGACUCCCGGCCCCGACGCGACGCUGUCGCCGACCACUGCCGUCGGGUCGACAACCUUAGGCUCUGGCAGCUGCAAUGGUUCGGGACCGUCACCAUCAAACCCAGCCGGUACGGGCACUACGAGAGUGUCCCCGUUGCCUGACGAAGCUGCCUCAACUCAGUGUCAUGAACCCGAUACAUCACAAGGGGCAAGUGCGCCUUCACAAAGCGAGCCUCUCGCGGAUCCCGGUGCUCAGGCCUCUACGACGGAGGAUAUGAAAUUGGGAGACAUUUCUUUGAACGAUGCGACGAAACGAUUCGAAGAAUCCUUGGUGAACGUACUGAGAAAAUUCGGGGACCAGAAGCAGUACCAAGGCUCAGUCGACGAACUCUCUGAAGCCUGGUCGACGUUGGCCAAGGAAGCAUGGUCAACCGAAAAGGAGCGCGUCAAACGAUGGAAGAAUGAAAUCAACGCACUGCUGGUUUUCGCUGGCUUAUUCUCUGCUGUCGUCACCGCCUUCGUUGCCCCGUACUAUGCCGGUCUGCUGCCAGCUCCCGACUUCAACACAGAUAUCUUGGAGCAGCAAACACAGAUCUCGGCGCGUACAUUACUGGUCCUCGAACGGAUAUCCUCGCAACUUGGUGGCGCGGCAAUGGGUGCUGUCGUCACGACCGGCUCAUCGUCGUUGGUGGCUGCCAUGGACUCUUCACUAUCCAGCCCUUCUCCGCCGCCCAACCCGCCGCGGUGGAUUGCCACCGUGUGGUUCAUCUCCCUGGUAUUCAGCCUUUCCGCCGCCUCUAUCGCGUUGGCCAUCAAUCAGUGGCUGAAUUUUCACGUCGAGCAGACUGGGCUGCGAAGUGCACCUCAGAAACUGUGGACCUGGCGGCUCCGGCGGAGUGCGAUCGACACGUGGAAGGUCGAGUCCAUCGUGAGCCUCCUCCCCUGCCUCUUGCAGAUCGCACUCGUGCUCUUCCUCGUGGGUAUCAUCGGAUAUCUCUUGGAGAUCGGAACCAACAUCGCCGUUCCGAGCGCGGUCUUUGUCGGCAUACUGCUUCUAUUCCUCGUCGCCACCUCCUUUCUUCCAGCGCUCAUUGAAUACAGUCCAUACAAGUCGCCUCAAGCGUGGUGGAUAUGCCAAGCCUGCAGAUCGACGCAGUGUAUGGUUUGCUGGUUCGCCCUCGGACUGCGUCGUGCGAUCCUCAGCUCCCUGGGGAUUGGGCCUGACAAUUCAUCGUGGGUCGCGGAUCUCAUAUACGAUGGGAUGGAGGCGCUCCGUGUCCCCAUUGCUCA